AUGUCCCUGCUCUCUACAGGAUCACUUGUGAAGGAUGUUUCAGGAAGUCUCAGCCCUGAGUCAACCAGAGGUUGUCAGCUUAGGAACACCAGCAUCGGAUCAAAAGCCAACUGUACUCAUCUAGAUCUCAAGUCUGUUCCUCAGGAUCUUCCAAGCAACACGGUAAUGCUUGAUCUCUCCUUCAACAAGAUCACAACCCUGUUCAACGGUUCUUUUGCCUAUCUUCCUGACAUCACUACCUUAGGGCUGGCAAGCAAUUUCCUCUCACAGAUCGAAAAUGGUACCUUUAAGCCUCUGGUUCAUCUCAGGGAAUUAAGUCUAAAUAGAAACAAACUAGUUUCUCUUCCAUCAGGUACUUUCAACCCGCUGAAGAACCUCAAGAUACUUUACCUGUCGCAGUCUUCUAUAACAGUUUUGAGCCGUGGUGUCUUUGACAGCCUGACUGCCCUCACGACAUUGGACCUUCGCAACAAUGAGAUCAAGAAGAUUCCUGAAUGUCUGCUUCAAACGCAAUACCAUCUUGCCGUUCUAUUUUUGAGCAACAAUGAACUUGAAACCAUUCCAAGGACACUAUUCAAUGAAACCACCUCUCUGCACAGUUUGUUCAUCCAGCAAAACAAAAUUGCUACCAUAGAACCACAGACGAUGUUCCCAACAAACACGACACUGAAAUUGGAUGCUUAUGGGAACCCCUUUUCCUGUACGUGCCACUUGAGUUGGUUCGUAAAGUGGCUCCGUUCUGGCAAGGUUGAACUCUUAAAUGUAGAGAAGACUUUCUGCUCGCUAACGUCCAUCAAAGAAGAAGUCAAUUUACCUUUACUUUCAUUCAAUCCUGACCAAUACUGUGGCACUGACAUUGUGAUGAUCACAUGUGUAUCCUUGUCAGUUGUUUUGGUCGUGGCGAUUUGCUUGGUGGCUUACAGGGAGCGAUGGUGGCUAAAUUACAAAUUAUUCCUCCUCAAGCUAGCUAUCUUUGGCUACGAGGAAAUCAACCAGGACUUUGACGCCCAGGACUACGAGUACCAGCUAAACAUCAUGUGCAAUGAAGGUGACGAGGAAUGGGUGGACCAGAUCAUGAAACCAAUACUGCAGGAGAGGUUUCCACAUCUGCAGAAAGUGGUCUUCGGCGACAACGACCUCAACAUCGGGAUGUUCUACAUCAAUGCUCUCCACUACGCCACCGAGAACAGCUUCAAGACUGUCUUGUUGAUAAGUUACAACUCCGUAGAUGAUGCCUGGUUCUUGACCAAGCUGCGUAUAGCUCUAGAGCACGUCAAUGACACCAGACUGGACAAGGUAAUAUUGAUUUUCAUUGAGGACAUCCAGGAUGAGGACCUCCCGUACCUGGUUCGGUUAUUCCUGAGUAAGAACAAACCUUACAUGUUGUGGACGGACGAUGAAGAUGGUCAGGAACUCUUCUGGGCCCAGUUUGAGAAGAGCAUGAGAGCCAACAGGGCCCUCAACAGCCUAGCAAAUACAAAAUUACAACUUUCACAUGGCUCCUUUAAAUUAGAUACUAAUUUACCAAACAAUACGAGUUGUAAAAUUAACUUUCUUCGUUAUCAAACUAUAAUGUGCCUUUAA